GGGCGAUACUUCCCUAAAACCAGGCCCCGAGAUAGACGACCGCCAGAAUCGUUUCUUGCCCCGUUUCUUUGGCAGCGAGCGAUGGACCAUGGAAAAGUGUACGUAUGAUCUUGUCCCUUUUGGGGGCUGUUGUGUUACGGUGGCUUGCAAUGACACAUUGCAAGCCCGACGUCGAAAUCACCGUGUUUGGGACCGGAAACACAGGCUUGCCAAUUAUGUUGAAUGCCUUGGUUGUUGCAGGAAGCUGGGAUGAAAUUGUGGGUUUGGGCAAGAUGCGUUCGGACGAAAUGGGCUUGCACAUACUCCAUCUCUCGACGUAUGUCAUAGAGUCUUUCCGCCUAGUACACGGGUCCAGCUUGUAUGUACUGUAUGUACAUACAGAACAAUACAGAAACCGAUUGAUAAUAAUACCUUCAAUAGUAUCCUAGAGCACUCACCAUUUCUCUACUAGUGCCGUCCUAUCGAGCGAUAUAUAUCUUGGCCGAUUUGCCCCGUUCGAGAUGGAGAAAAAGCAACGGGGAAUUGCGGCC